AUGCCUCCGCCGUCGCCCAGCCACGACCCCCUGGCCACCGCGGCCCCCGAGGAGAAAUCCUGGGAGGGGGACCAGGAGAAGUUGGCCAAGAUUCAUUUCAAAAUUUUAAAAGGACAUACUGAUGCCGUGACCUCCUGUCAUUUCUGUUUUGAUGAUACCAGAGUUCUUUCAGGCUCUUUCGAUACCACAGUGAAACUUUGGGAUAUUGCCAGUUGCAUUUGCAUCCACACCUUUAAGGAUAAGCACACCGGAUUUAUUUCUGAAUGUUGCCUGAGUCCUGAUAACCGAAGGUUGAUAACAGCAUCAUACGAUAAAACUCUAAAGGCCUGGGAUACGGAAACAGGAAAAAUGCUUUGGUCUCUGGAUCAGGAUGGCCUUGUAACCACAUGCCAUAUUUCUCAUGAUGGUAGAUAUGUUGUCUCUGGCUCAGAUUUGGAGAAUGCUUUAUUCAUCUGCAGUGCUGAAGGCGGUGAGCAGGUGGCAUUCAUCAGAGACUAUCACAGAAGCACGGUUCAAAGCUGCCGGUUUGAUCCUCUCAACCAGCGCAUAGCUACGGUGUCAUCUGAUAUGUCUAUAAAAUUCUGGGAUAUCAUAGCAAGGUCUACCACAGUCACCAUUGAACAGGCACACAACAAUGCCAUUGCAGAUUGCUGCUUCUCCUUGGAUGGUCAUUACCUGUGCACAGCAGGGUGGGACGAAAAUGUCAAGUUGUGGGAUGUCCGUACCGGGGAAUUCCGGUCUCAUGGGCCUAUGACUUUGGGACAAGGUCAUAUAGGUAUUGUUAGCUGCUGUGAUGUUAGUAAAGAUGCCUCACAUGUGGUAUCUGGAGGUUAUGACAAAUCCAUCAUUGUCUGGGAUGCAGAAGAAGCUUAUAAAAAGAUAACCUUAAAGGGUCAUGUUGAUUGGGUGACAGAUGUGGCCAUUAGCAAUGACAAGAAGCUUGUUGUUUCUUCUUCAAAGGACCGUACUUUGAGAGUAUGGGAUAUUAAAAAUGCCAAUGAAAUCCCCAUGGUGAUUAAAGCUGUGAAAACCAGAGGCUCCAAGAUAGCCAAGUGUGAAGCAUGUCAGAAAUCUUUUCUGAUCUUCCGGAACGAUGAAGACAGAAUAGAAACCCAGUGUGUAUUCUGUCGACUGGCGACUCCCAACAAAGCUGUUUUACCACUGCCACCUCCUUUGCCUCCAGAUUUCUAAAGGAUUCAGUGGUGAGCGGAUUCUAAAACAUUUGUAAAAGUUGCAAUU